CGCGCGCGCCCGAGCCUCGGCGUUGUACUACUCGCGGCGCAGGCAGCAAACAAAAAAGUGGCAAAAGUUAGUCCUCGCUCUUCUCCUCGACAGGCUGCAUUAAUGCGGGGAGAACUUUUCUCGUGACUUUAGUGAAAGCGAGCGGAGACGCCGGUUUUGAGAGACGACACGGAGACAAACCUGCGGCAUUCUUUUUUUUUUUUUUUUGUGUGUGUGGAAAAGUUACUGUUCGUCUGCGGCACCCCGCUGGGUUUAAAGUUCAGCUAACAGCAGCCUCACGGGCUACUAGCAGGUUGGUUAGCUCCGUAACUCAUUAGCGUGCUCGCAAUGGCAGCUGUGUGCCAGCCACGACGCGCCUUGGUGGAAAUACCUGCACCGCAGCCGAAAAUUGCAGCUCGUAUGAGAAGGUCCUACUUGGAGAUUCUCAGUGCUCGUUUGGCCCCAUCUCCACUUACAAGGGGCAGAAACACAGCGACAAAUAAGCGUGUACAGUCAUUGGACCUGUCCAUCGGCGGGGUGUGGAGGGGACGGCUGGAGGAGCAGUGCGAGAAGAUGGACGACCACCCGACGCCGCUGUCCAAACAGCAGAUCGUGCAGCUGAUCAGGUCCCUCAUCUUGGUUGAACAGAGUCAAGAGCCCAGGAUCGUGGCUUCAGACCUGAAGUAUCUUCAGGAAGACCUGCAGCUAAAGAAGGCAAACGUUUAUAGAUCCAUACCUUACUCGCGCUUCGGCUCCAACAGAGAUGCCCACUGCUACAGAAAGGCAUAUCCUCACCUGGUGGCUUUCAAAGUUUCGUGUCAGGAGUGGGGCCAAGUUCUGCUGGAGAACAAAGAGUGGGAAGCCGCGUUGGAGCACUCGCUGAUGGCGUGGCGAUACGCCGGCGAUCUGCCGCAGUGGGACACCGCCAACCACAACGCUCUCCGGGAACAGUGUUACGGCAUUCUGGCGGCGCACAGUCUCGCCGCCCUCCAGCACUACCGCCCUGACCCCAGCAGAGGUCUGGAACUGCUGAAGAGGUUGAAGAUGGCUCAGCUGCAUAGCCAGUCCAUUGUUCCCUGCAUUCAGGCGUUGGAGAGGAUUAUGGGAUGCGCCGAUGACUCACCUAUGGAUACAAAAUAAAAACAAGAAGACUUCUAAAGACCUGCGCGCACCCCAGUGGGGAGUGCGCUUCAGAAAUGACCUAAAUGAUUUGUGUGGUAAUGGGCCAAAAGCGUUUUACAGGGUAGCGUUUGUUUAGGAGAACCACUGCAGUAUUAUUCUAAUGGACACAGUAGCAAGUGUAAAAUCAGUCAGUGCCACAAAAGGGUAACCAAAGCCGCCUCCUGUAUGGUUGAAGAUGAAAUCAAAACGUAUUUAAUCACAUGGCAUUUUAACAUCUCCUGAGACGUGUCCCAUCAAAGGGAGUUGUUGCAUGACGUUCCUCCAACGGGGGGACAAAAUGAAAUCAAAUUCUAAAUGUGGUGGACAUUCAGAGUAAUGUCACAUUCACUUGGUGCUGGCAGAAAUAUAAUUAAAAAGUGUAUAUUUUUAGGAUGUGGUAUAGUUUGUGUCCUGUGUGAAACGGCCUUUCUCAUUGCUUUAUAUGGGUAUGUACAUACGUUCUUGUUACAAUACUUGAAAGUUUGGCCUUUGUCUUGCGUUUGACUGUUGUCUGUUUUAUACUUGUCCUGUGUGUUUAUGUGUAUAUAGAAAAUGAUCAGUCAUUGAUUGCACUGUUGCCGUUUGUCCUGAAAACUUGAAGAUUUUGAUAAAAUAGAGCCCUAAUUUAAAUAAAGUGCUAACUUUAAACUGCA